GGGUCUGCAUCAGCUUGCUAAGGAUAAAGCGGGUCGAGAUAAAGUUCCCGACCCAUAUUUGACAAGUCUCGGGACCUACCAAUGCGCUGCAGUACAGAGAAGUUUCCCUCACCCUCUAGAUGUGAUUAUAUCCUCACCUAUGAAACGGACAAUUCAAACUGCCAUAUUAUGUUUCGGGCCGUCAAUUUGGAAUGGUACCCGUGUCAUCCUAAUGCCAGAAUUGCAUGAAGUAGGCACUAAGCCAUCUCACAUCGGCUCACCCCUUUCAGUAAUCAAGAAUGAGUUCGGAGAUAUUGUCGAUGCGACCGUUUAUGGCAUGACAGAAGACUGGUACGCUAGCCAGGAAGGCGACUCCGAGAAAACCCGCGACCUAGACUAUCGAGGAGUUAUAGCCCGAAGGAGAAUAUUUGAAUGGGUCAAAGGCGCCGUCACUCCAACAGCACAAAACCCAAACCCCAAUCCUAACCCUCAUAUUGCUAUCGUCACUCAUGGCCACAUUAUACGUUACUUACUGUCAGAUCCAGAGGCUCGCGGCUUCGGAAACGUUGAGUAUAGGUCGUACCAGUUCUCCAACAUAUCUGCAGAUCCACCGGAGCUGCUCGAGACUCAGGAAAGUCUUCAGCGACGUGGGGCGGCCAAGCAAUCAGACAGGACUGAAAGAAGAGAACCACCUGCACCACCACUCUUACCUCCCCCAGAGACACUCAUUAACCAAGGCAACCUUACGCCCGCCCAGAAAAAGUUCAAUGAGAAUUUGCUCAAUGAGUACUACAGCAGGGUCCAGAACAGUUACGAUAAUACCAACAUCAUACUCCAGGGGUACAUUCAACCGGACGUAACUAAAAAACCCUCGGAGUCCAAUCAUGUUGUAAUCCAAUGCUCCCCGAUUCCAUUCGCACCGCCUAAUUUCGUCUCACAUUAACUUGGUAUCUGAGUGACGAAUAUGAGAGAGCUUUUUGCUCGUCCCUGAUGCUACAGGUGGGUCGGUUUCUUUAUUGUGCUUAACUCGCGACCCCCUUUUGCUAGAGGAUUCCUGGCCCUUCGACACUAGACGG